AUGCGCGGCGUCACAGCUCUUGGCGGCCGUGGUCUCAGGGCCGUUAUCCUGAGCAUGUUCGCCAUUUCUCUCAUCUACCUUGUUGGGAAUUGCUUUGACAGAGCCGCUCCGUAUGCACUCGACGCGCCUAAGACAGGGUUCUACCAACCCCACGACGUUGCUGCGCGACCAUCUGAUGAACUCGUCUCCCCGGCGGUUACCACCUUGAGUGAUGAAGAGCAUCCUGCGAGCGCAAAAUGGCACCACGAAGCCAUGUCGAAGAUCAAGGACAAGAUAGGAGCUUGGAUCCCAAUGGACAAGGUGCAUGGCAUGUACGGCGCCAUGCGUCCACCGUGGAUGGAUCACGCCAAGGGCAUGGAUCCUUCGGGUUACAACCAUGCGCCUUCUUCGUCUCCCGCCAAAGAAGAGCGCAGCCCCAUUGUGGGGAAAGUGUCAAUUCUCGACAAUCCCGAGAAUGAGUACGUUGACCGAGCGGUCAAGACGCACGCCGUCCACGACAAACGUCACGGCUACCAGCACCACACCAUGCGUGAGCAAGCCGCCUCCACCCCAGCCGAGAACUUCGCCACGCAAAUGCUCUCAGUCCUCCAAACGGAGCUGAGAAAACCGCCGUCCAAGCGCCUCGAAUGGCUCUACUACUUUCCCGCCACAUCCAUCAUCCUCAACCCCAACGUGCCGCUGGAGCUCUUCAUCCCGCCGACCAAGAACGCCACUGCCUUCGAAACGACCUACCUCCUCUACUCCGCGCCGCCGCCCGAUGCCUCCCCCUCGGCGCCGUCCCCAGACCUCUCCCGCACCGCCUUCGCCGCCAAAGUCAACCAGUGGAGCGUCGACCUAUUCACGACGCUCCGCACCAAGUCCGCCGCCGCCGCUUCCGGCAAGAAGCAAUCAUCGUCCCGCAACAAAAACAACAACAACGACGGCGGCGCCGGCUCACCCAUCACCAUCUCCUCCCUCCUCAACCUCCCCUCCUCCGCGCUCUCCCCCCACCAACACGCCCUCGCCCUGCCCCCCCGCUGGCUCAACGCCUGGCCAAGCUCCUCCUCCACUCAGCCUCCCUCGUCAUCAUCAUCAUCAUCAUCCUCCUCCUCCUCCUCCGCCGGCAACAACGCCAUCCUCGACCCCGACACCUCGUCCACCUCCCUCUCAGGCUCAGGCCCAGACCCAGGCUCGGAGCCGAUCCCGCCCGGCACCUUCGCCCUCACCCUCCCCCUCCUCGCCUUCAACUCGUCCACCACCGGCCCCAGCGCCUCGCCGCCGACAUCCACCUCCUCGGCGUCGUCCUUCUUCUUCGACGGCGACGACGACGCCAGCGUCGCGCAGCGCCGGCGCUUCGAGCACUGGUUGGCGCAGGCGGAGGCGGCGGGCGACACCGGCGGUGGCAAAGGCAAAGGCAGUAGCGGCGGAAGCAAUAAUGGCGGCAGGAACAGAAACAAGUGGGAGACGCCGCUGCGGGAUACGUGGUACGGGAGCGAGACGAAGGCGUUUUGGGCCGGGGAUGUUGGGGUCGCGGGUGGCAGCACUGCUGGGACGGGUGGUUCGGUGUCGUCAUCGUCGUCGUCGUCGUCGUCGUCGGCGUCGUUGGCGUCGGCAUCGUCGUCGUCAUCGGCAUCCUCCUCCUCGUCGUCGUCGUCCUCGUCGUUGCCGUUGGCGUCGUCGGUCGCGGCGUUCUCGCAUCUGUCGAACUGGCUGAGGCCGCCUUCCAAGGCGGGGGCGGCUUUGAGUGCCGCUUCGGCGGCGGCGUCGUCGUUGUCGUCAGAGCUUCCUUCUGCUUCUUCGUCCCAUGCGGCGACGGCGGCGGCGGCAGCGGCUGCGAAGCCGAGCGGCGGAGCGGCAUCCGCAGGGAGUGACGGCAGCGGCACCGGCACCGGCGCGGGCAGUCGGAAAACGGUCCCAGAGCUCAAGGAAGAAGUGUUGACGCUGGUGCGCGAGAUGGAAGCCAGCGUGCACAACUGGCGGCAAGAGGUCAGCGAGGAGGUGCGGCGCGCGACGGAGAGCCGGUGCGGGCGGGCGCGGGAGGCUUUGGCCGAAGUGGAGCUGGACUACGGCGACGGGGAGAACGAGGCGGGUCAGGACCAGGCGGCGAGGGCGAAGCUGCAGGCUGUGAUUGCUGGGUUGAAAAAGGUGGGUUGA